UCGCCGGCUGUCAGGCGGUUGUAACGAACGCGGAAGGAUAGUGCGCCUGCGCUCGGGCGCGGUUUGGCCACAUCGGGAACGGGGGCUUCGGGGCCGCGGAGACGGUUUGUGUCCCCGAGGACCGAAGAAAAUUAACAUUUAAACAUGGCUUCCAUGUUGUCACACGCAUUCAGAAAUAUCCCCAUCAAUUCACCAUGGGCUGUCAAGUUAAGUACACGUUCCUUGAGCACAACAUCUGACCUUCGGACCGCAGUGCAAGUAAAAAUCCCCAAAGCUCGAGUAAACCAAAAGCUCAACAAUGUGGUUCUUGUUGAAGGCGUCCGGACUCCGUUCUUAAUGUCUGGUACCACAUACGCCAACAUGAUGCCACAUGACUUGGCCAGAGCAUCACUGCAGGGCCUUCUGAGAAGGACCAACAUACCUAAAUCAGCUGUUGAUUACAUUGUGUAUGGAACUGUUAUUCAAGAAGUCAAGACGAGUAAUAUUGCUCGAGAGGCUGCACUUGGAGCAGGAUUUUCAGAUAAAACUCCAUCUCACACGGUCACCAUGGCUUGUAUUUCCUCAAAUCAGGCCAUGACCACAGCUUUUAGCCUCAUUGCCUCUGGCCAGUGCGACACAGUGGUAGCUGGUGGUGUGGAGUUUAUGUCAGACGUUCCCAUCCGUCACAGCAGGAAGAUGAGGAAAACCUUGCUCUCACUUAAUAGAGCUAAGACAGUAGGACAAAGACUGUCUCUCAUCGGGAAAAUCCGACCGGACUAUUUUGCUCCUGAGCUUCCAGCUGUAGCUGAGUUUUCCUCCAAUGAGGUCAUGGGUCACUCUGCAGAUAGACUUGCAGCUGCUUUUGGCAUAUCACGUGUAGAACAGGAUGAGUAUGCUUUGCGUUCUCAUAUUUUGGCUAAGAAAGCCGAGACUGAAGGGCUGCUUAAAGAUGUCAUCCCGUUGAAAGUUCCAGGAAAUCAGACAGUCAUGAAAGACAAUGGGAUUAGACCGUCCUCUAUGGAAAUGAUGUCCAAAUUGAAACCAGCGUUUGUCAAACCACAUGGAACUAUUACUGCUGCCAACGCUUCAUUUCUGACCGAUGGUGCAUCAGCAGUGUUGCUCAUGUCUGAAGAAAAGGCACUGUCUAUGGGCUACAAACCAAUUGCUUAUCUGAGGGACUUUGUAUACGUCUCCCAGGAUCCCAAGGAUCAGCUACUGUUGGGGCCAGCGUAUGCUAUUCCUAAAGUUUUGGAGAAAGCUGGAUUAUCUCUUGAUGAUAUCGCUGCCUUUGAAUUGCAUGAAGCUUUUGCAGCCCAGAUUCUAUCUAAUUUAAAAGCAAUGGACUCUGACUGGUUUGCACAGAACUACAUGGGAAGAAAAUCGAAGGUUGGGGUUCCCCCACUCGAUAAGUUGAACUGUUGGGGUGGUUCACUAUCCCUGGGACAUCCUUUUGGUGCCACUGGUUGCCGUCUUGUGACAACAGCUGCUCAUAGACUGAUUAAGAACGGUGGACAGUAUGCACUGGUUGCAGCUUGUGCUGCUGGUGGGCAGGGUCAUGGAAUGAUUGUGGAAACCUAUCCCCAAUAGUGAAACGUGCUCCUGAUUUGACAAGUUUAAAAUAAUGCCAUUCCAAUGCAGGGGAAGAGUGAUUUCAGAAAAAAAAACAUUUGCCGCUUUGUGGAGAUACCUUCUUAAUAGCUUUGUACAUACCACCAUCUACGGUUGUCAAUAAAAAUUCAAUCAACUACAUUUAUAAUCUUGAAAUGUAUUAAUUGGGAAAAGUAGAAGAGGUUUUAAAACAACUUCUUUUUGAUCUUGUUUCCCCAAAUUUGAGUUGUUUCAAAGCUUAUUUUAGGAUAGAAUUUCACUCUUGCUUGUAGAAACAGUAGCGUAGCAUGCAAAUUAUAGGUGAUACUUUAAAAUGCAAACCCAUAUGCCUUAAUAAAAAGUAAAUUUACAAAA